GUGGUGGAGGGGACCCAGAGCACUGACCAGCCAGGCCAAGGGCUGGCACCAGCCGGGGCUCUGGAGACAGAGAGGGGUGGCAGGGCCACAUGGAAACGGCCGUGGACAGUGUGGGCAGCUUUGGGCCAGUGCAGCAACAUGAGGGGACAGUGUGUAGAUGGGAGCCACAGCCCUGCUCCUUGGACCCCAAGACCUUUGGGCGAGACCAGACAGAUCCUUGGGGCCUUGUCCAGGGCAGCACCUUGGGCUCUUCCCUUAGAGCAGCCCACGGGGCCCUGGGCCAGCCCGAAACUGGCAGGCCUGGGGUAAAUGUGGGCAGCCUCUUCCCAGGGGGUGGAGGGGUGGAGCCCUGCAAGGCUUGGGGCCUGUCACCAGCUGGAGAGAGGCGGCAGCAGAGGGAACUUUUGGAAAGAAAUCCCGACCGGAGACUCCAUGGGACUCCAUGUUGGGGCUCACCUGCAGAGCCUUGGCCUCCGUGGGCUUUCCAUGUGGGGGUCCCCUUCCAGAUAAGGUCGCUGCAGCACUGGGGCCUGUGCAGCAUGUCUCAGGGCCCAGCACCGCCACACAGCCUGGCCUCUCUAGGGCCGGGUUGGGGGUCUGUGACCAUGGUGGAUCUCGAGUGUCCCCAGGGGCUGACAGGCAUGCACAGCAGCACCACGAGCUCCUGGGCCAGCAUCUGAGCGCAUGGCGGGCGUCCUGCCCACCUGUCUUGGGUGAGGAGCUCACCCAACCCAGUGAGAUGUAAACCACGGAGGACCGUAGACUGACCAGUCUCAUGAGGACGGUCCAUCCAGGAAGGGUGGUAGGGAGCAUGGAGGUGGGGAGUUGGGGGUCAGGGAGCCUCCACGCCAGGUGGAGGGAGGUGGCCAGGGUGUCACAGGCAGACUCAUGGGGCUGGGCUCCCAGAUGAUCCCAGGGUUUGGGGCCAGUGGGGAUUGGAACGAAAACCAGGCACCAGCAUUGGAAGGACCCCAGCCCCUGUCGCCCACCUGUCUCCUGCACUGGCCAGGCCAGGUCCCCAUCAGGGCGGUGGAAAGGGCUGAGGCUGACAGCCCCUGUGUCCUGUGCUGCUGCCUAAUUCUGGGCCAGGGCCCGGCCAACCCUGCUUUCUCUUGGAGGUACUGCCUGAGGCCACAUGCCACCCCCUUGCCCGGAUGUGUGACCCACUGAGGGAAAAGGCUUCUGCCUGCAGGCUGGGUGUGGAUGGACCAGACCCAGGACAGGGCCCCUGGUCCUCGGCCCAGCACGGCCAGCAUCCAGGUGAGGGAGCUGAGCUGGCAGGGCCUGCACAACCCCCGCCCGCAGAGCAAGGACCCAGACAGCGGGGAAGGCCUGGGCCAGCGGCUGGUGGAGGAGUGCCCGUCACCUGCCCGACUGCGGGCCCUGGCCCAGGUGGAUGACCUUCGGCUGGUGAGCGUGCUGGAGAUGCGCGUCGAUACCCGUGAGCACAGCCUGGGCAACUUCGGGCUGCACCUGCCCAACCUCAGCCAACUGAAGCUGAAUGACAGCCGCCUGGGCUCUGUGAGAGACCUGGGCACCUCUCUGGGCCACCUGCAGGUGCUGUGGCUGGCUCGCUGCGGCCUGGCUGACCUGGAUGGCAUCAGCUGCCUCCCUGCCCUGCAGGAGCUGUACGCCUCCUACAACGACGUCUCGGACCUCAACCCGCUGUGCCUGCUCGAGCAGCUGGAGGUGCUAGACCUGGAGGGCAACAGCGUGGAGGACCUGGAGCAGGUGCGCUACCUGCGACUGUGCCCGAGGCUGGCCACACUCACCCUGGAGGGCAACCUGGUGUGCCUGCGGCCGCGCCCCUCUGACAAGGUGCCCCGGGGCUACAACUACAGGGCAGAGGUGAGGAAGCUGGUCCCUCAGCUGCAGGUGCUGGACGACAGGCCCGCCACACACACAGGUCUGCCAGCCUCCCGGAAGCUGGACCAGGACUGGCUCAUGGUGAAGGAAGCCAUCAAGGAGGGCAGUGUCCUGGAUGGCCUGCAUCCCAGGCUGGGUCGCCCCCAUGGGGACCCCACUCAGAGAUUCGGUCCCGAACGAUCCCUGCCUGUCCCCAGGGCUCCCAGGCCUUGGCCCCUCCCCCUCCUGGUCCCGGGGGUUCCCCUGCCUGAAGGUCUGCACCCCAAGAACCCGGCCCCGGAGGACAACGCCAGUGACCUCACCCACGGCGCGGACCAGGUCCUCUGUGGAAACCCCACCAAAGGCCUUCGGGGACGGCAGCACCGGAGCCAGGCCGAGGUGCCCCCAGAGCAGCUGCCCCCACCCAGGCUGGAAGACCUGGUCACCCGGGCCUGCAGUCCGGGGCCUGGCCCUGCAGAGAGCCGUGACCUCCCAGCCAUGGCUGGACUUGGGACGUGGAGGGGGCGGCGCCUGCGGCACCCGAAUUCCGGGCAGGAAGGAGCAGCGGCCCCCCGGGGCUCACAGAGGGGCCAUGAAGAACGACAGGAUGGGACAGGGCCUAGGACUUCCCCCAACUCCCCAAGCCUGGCCCCAGGACCUUCUAGGACCUGGGGCUAUAACCUGCUCCCCUCUCCCCCCAAGGUCCCCGUGCCACCUGACUCGAACAGCAGCUGCCGGACGUCCAAAGACCUGCAGCUCCGGGGACGGCGGCUCCGAGCCCUGGGCAGCUCAGGGCCUGGCCUUGGUCAGGAGAUGGCCACAGUGGCCGCUCUGAGAGCCCUGGAGCUGGCCUCCGGACGGGGCCCUCAAGCCCAGGGAUGUCCAGGCCCAAAGCCAGCACCAGAUGCAGCAGCAGCCAGACCCACGGCCCUGAGGUGCCUGCCGCACCUGAACCCUCUCACGCCAGCCCAGUCCCACCCCUAGCGCCCCCCCCCCACUGCCCAGCUGGCCAGGACUCUGGCCAAGAGCACCCCAGCUUGGCUGUGCAGCCUCCAGGAACCCAGAGCGUCUGGGGUUGCUGUGGGAUAGCAGGCGGCUGGACCAGGGGAGGCCCCUGUUGCUGGAGAGAAGUGAGCGAGAGCCCAGGGCAGCCUGGCUGCCCGCUUCUUCCAUGGCUGAGCUGCCCAGUCCAUCCUGGCAGGCCCUCCGGCCCCUGCUGGGGCACUGUGGCCCGCAGGGCAGUUGUCCCAGGCACAAAAGUGUGGGGCCAGGCCUUCCACCCCCUGGGAAUGCGUAGGUUCUUCCUCUUGGGGCAGGAAACCCGGAAACCAAGAGAAUCACUUUCGACUUCCAAGUGCACAGAAAUGCAGUUUACUUGGUAGGUGACGUUGGUUCAGUAAAUU